AUGAUGAUGGGUGCGCCGGCUGGUCCACCAGGAGUGGAGUAUGCUAAGAGACUCCAAGACCAGCUGGAUUCAGCUCAUGAAUUUGCCAGGAACCAGCUGCGGAAUGCUGGCCUGGCUUGCUAUGAUAACUCCCACUCGCACGCCGAGGAUGAGCUCUUCAAGACGCUGUUCGCUGGCUACAACAAGUGGUCCAGACCAGUGCCCAACAUCUCAGAUGUGGUCAUCGUCAAGUUUGGACUGUCCAUUGCUCAGCUCAUUGACGUGGAUGAGAAGAACCAAAUGAUGACGACCAACGUGUGGCUCAAGCAGGAGUGGAAUGACUACAAACUACGCUGGAGGCCGUCUGAUUACGACAACGUGACGUCCAUCAGAGUGCCGUCUGAACUCAUCUGGGUCCCAGACAUUGUUCUCUACAAUAAUGCUGACGGGGAGUUUGCGGUUACCCACAUGACGAAGGCUCACCUGUUCCACACGGGCAAAGUGCGCUGGGUGCCGCCGGCCAUCUACAAGAGCUCGUGCAGCAUCGACGUCACCUUCUUCCCCUUCGACCAGCAGAACUGCAAGAUGAAGUUCGGCUCGUGGACAUACGACAAGGCCAAGAUCGACCUGGAGCGCUUUGAGAACACGGUGGACCUGAACAACUACUGGGAGAGCGGCGAGUGGGCCAUCAUCAACGCGGUGGGCACGUACAACACCAAGAAGUACGACUGUUGCCACGAGAUCUACCCGGACAUCACCUACUUCUUCAUCAUCCGGAGGUUGCCGCUCUUCUACACCAUCAACCUCAUCAUCCCCUGCCUGCUCAUCUCCUGCCUCACCGUGCUGGUCUUCUACUUGCCGUCCGACUGCGGCGAGAAAAUCACGCUGUGCAUCUCCGUACUGCUCUCCCUCACUGUCUUCCUCCUGCUCAUCACCGAGAUCAUCCCGUCCACGUCGCUGGUCAUCCCGCUCAUCGGCGAGUACCUCCUCUUCACCAUGAUCUUCGUCACCCUGUCCAUCGUCAUCACUGUCUUCGUCCUCAACGUCCACCACCGCUCCCCCAACACCCACAAGAUGCCGCGCUGGGUCCACGCCGUCUUUCUAGAUCUCAUCCCGCGCUGGCUGUUCAUGCGGCGCCCGCCCCCCAACGCCCGUCGUCGCAGGCUGCUACUGGAACGGCAGCGAGGUCGGGCCAAGUCGGGCAUCCUCAGCACCUCGGCCAGCUGGGCCCAAGACGGUAAAACCUCGGUGGACCACCACCAGGACUCCUUUGAGGAUUUGGAGCUGGGGACGCUGACGUCCUAUUUCUCCUUCCGCCCACCAUCUCCGAGGGUUCCGGGGUCGACGCCUCCGCCUCAGCAAAAGGCGCCGCAGAAGAGCAGGCAGCAGACAGGAAGCAGGGGCGUGGCCAACCAUCAGACGCCAAACGAUGACCUUCCUGUGGCGCACUUCCUGCUCUCACCGAGCAUCAUCCACGCUCUGGAAGGAGUGCAUUACAUCGCUGACCACCUGAGGGCCGAGGACGCCGACUUUAGUGUGAAGGAGGACUGGAAGUACGUUGCCAUGGUGAUUGACCGUAUCUUUUUAUGGAUGUUCAUCAUUGUUUGCCUGCUGGGGACCAUCGGCCUCUUCUUGCCUCCUUGGCUAGCAGACAUGAUUUAA